AUGAAGAAGACGCGGAGUACGACCUUGCGGCGGGCCUGGCCUAGCUCCGACUUCUCCGACCGGGCCUCAGACCGCAUGAGGUCCCGGAGCGAGAAGGACUACCGGCUGCACAAACACUUCCCACCGGCUUUCCUUUCCCAGGCAUCGCGGGGCUACAUGACAUCAGGUGAUGUAUCACCCAUCAGCAUGUCUCCCAUCAGUCAGUCACAGUUUAUUCCACUUGGGGAAAUCCUUUGCCUGGCAAUCUCAGCAAUGAACUCUGCCCGAAAACAAGUCACACAAGAAGCACUAAUGGAGCACCUAACAACCUGCUUCCCAGGAGUUCCAACACCCAGUCCAGAAAUCCUUCGACAUACCUUGAAUAUGCUUGUACGGGAGAGGAAAAUAUACCCAACUCCGGAUGGUUAUUUCAUUGUAACCCCACAGACUUACUUUAUAACACCAUCUCUCAUAAGAACUAACAGUAAAUGGUACCAUUUGGAUGAGAGGAUACCUGACAGGUCUCAAUGUACCUCUCCACAACAAGGAACUAUAACUCCCUCCACCUCGGGAUGCGUCAGGGACCGAACACUACCCAAAAACCACUGCGACUCCUGCCAUUGUUGCAGAGAAGACAUGCACAGCAUGCAUGCAUCUACCCUACAGAGGAAAUCAGCAAAAGACUGUAAAGACUCAUACUGUCCUCCUUCAUUAUGUCAGGUCCCACCUACUGAGAAAAGUAAAAGUACUGUCAAUUUUUCUUACAAAGCAGAGACACUCACAAAGCCUAAGGAUGUAGAAAAGCAGUCUAAGAAAUUUGGACUCAAACUGUUCCGGUUAAGUUUUAAGAAGGACAAGACAAAACAGUUGGCAAAUUUCUCUGCCCAGUUUCCUCCAGAGGAGUGGCCGCUAAGGGACGAGGACACCCCUACCACUAUACCUAGGGAGGUAGAAAUGGAGAUUAUUAGGCGCAUUAACCCAGACUUGACUGUGGAAAAUGUCAUGAGGCACACUGCACUAAUGAAGAAACUUGAAGAAGAAAAAGCUCAGCGCAGCAAAGCAGGAUCUUCAGCUCACCACAGCGGACGAAGUAAAAAGAGCAGGAAUCACAGAAAGUCUCAUGGGAAAUCAAGGUCACACAGCAAGACUCGGGUAUCCAAAGGAGACCCAUCAGAUGGCUCUCAUUUGGAUAUACCUGCUGAAAGGGAGUAUGAGUUCUAUGAUCCCUUGACUCGAUCCCCACGGGAAGGCUGUUUUAUAAUAGAGCACAAGGGAGAUAAUUUUAUAAUGCACAGCAAUCCUAACAUGAUUGAAUCUCACUUUCCCAUGACACCAGAGUGGGACGUGUCUGGUGAGCUGGCCAAAAGAAGAACUGAAAUGCCUUUCCCUGAGCCUUCCAGGGGAAGCUCCCACUCCAAGGUCCAUCGGAGCCACAGCCAUACACAGGAUAGAAGAUCGAGGAAUGAGCGGUCCAGUAAGGCUAAAGAAAGGUCUAGAUCUAUGGAUAACUCCAAGGGACCUCUGGGCUCAGCUGCCUUAGGCACACCUGAAGAUACAGGUGAAGGCUGUAGCCCAGAUGACCAAACAACUAGCCAAACUUACAUUGACGAUAGUACCUUAAGGCCAUCUCAGUCGCUCAGUCAUCAAAGGGCUCUGAUUUCAUCUGCAAGCUACAAAGAGACUUGCAUCCCUGAAAUGGCUAGUGGCAGUGUAGAAACCCCCAGUUCUUGUAGCCUGUUGGAACAAAGCAAGCCUACAGAGAAUUUGCCAUCAUAUAGCGAGCUCAACUCCUGCACAACAAAAUCUGCAGUCGAUGACUAUUUUCAGUGCAACACAUCCAGUGAGACUGUGCUUACUGCUCCAUCACCACUGGGAAAGAAUAAAGAGGAUCAUGAUACCCUGACAGGGACAGAUGGGCUCAAAAAAAUGACUCCUGCAGAAAGACAGUCUCAACAUAUUGCUAGGGAGCCUGGGGUGCACAAAGAGGAGUCCCCAAAGGGCCCAAGCAGUGGUUCAGCAGUUGCUGGCCAAACUCCAGAGGUUAUUGCAAAUGGGCGGCUGGUUCAACACCAUAGCGCUGAAUCAAGCAGCCUUGAUAAAAGGAAAGAAAUAUUUAGCAAGGAUACGCUCUUUAAACCUCUGCACAACACUCUUUCUGUGAAUAGUUAUCAUAAGUCUAGCGCACCCCUGCUAAAGCCCCAUCAAAAGACCCCCUCUGACACAUUGCCAGUCAGAUGUGAGAAACUUGAACAAGCGAUAGUAACCUCAGUCACACAAGUCAUGCCUGUUUCACAGAGACAGCAAGAGACAACUGGGAACCAGGAGGCCUCCUUUGACUACUACAACGUAUCUGAUGACGAUGACUCAGAGGAAGGAACCAACAAAAAUGCUGAGGAAGAAAAGAACAGGGAUGAUGUUGGUACAAUGCAGUGGCUCCUAGAGAGAGAAAAGGAGAGGGAUCUGCAGCGAAAGUUUGAGAAAAAUCUUACUCUUCUCACCCCAAAGGAAACAGAAAAUAGCAACAACCAGAGAGCCACCCACUCAGCCCGCCUGGACAGCAUGGACAGCAGCAGCAUUACUGUGGACAGCGGGUUCAACUCUCCACGUACUCGUGAGAGCCUGGCAUCCAACACUUCAAGUAUUGUUGAAAGCAACAGACGUCAGAACCCCGCUCUGAGCCCUGCACAUGGUGGCGCAGGCCCAACAUUCAACUUCCGAGCCACUGCAGACCCACCAACAAGUGAAGCUGAGAAACUGCAGAAACCUGCUAACUGCCUGCAAGCUUCUGUCACUAGUGUCUGAUGGUCAUCCUGCCUCAGAUCUUCUGUCUCAUCCUAUACAGCAAAGUUUACGACACUGGGACUGAUGUUUACAUCUUCGGGGAAAA